AUGACAGAUGUAACGUCAUCUUCAACAGUAGUUUCAUUUCUAAGAGUUGGUAAACGUCGUUUAGAAAUUUUUAAUAAAGCUUGUAUCAAAUUUGGUCUUACUGUUGUUGAUCAUACGAAUCAAAAUGCAUUUAUUUUAAUCGAUGAUGAACUUGAUUUUAUUUCAGCAAGUAAAGCAUUGAAAAGUUCAUCUGUAUUAUCAUCAUCAUCACCAGUAUUUAUUCGAACACAAUGGUUAAGUGAUUCAAUUAAACAAAAUCAACUUCUAUCACAUGAAUCCUAUAUACUUCAUGCUACUCCUUCUCGUUCUGAAUCAUCAUUAAUUGAAACAGUUAUUCCCAUAAAAAAGACUGAAAUAUCAACGGAACAAUUACCUUUGAAACGAGAACGUUCAGUAUCUUCAUCAGCAUCUGACACUGAUGAUGAAACACGUUCAAAAAAACAUCAUAUUGAUAUUCAACCGAUUCAACCAGGUGAAUUACCACGAACAACUGGAAUAUGGUUAUGUUCUGAAGCUUCAUCAUCAACUUCUGCUGUUGGUAAUCCAAAUGAAAAAAUAAUUGAAAAAUUACGUGAAAUGUCUAAAUUAUAUUUAAUAACAAAUGAUAAAGGUCGUAGUAUUGCAUAUCAAAAAGCAAUUGAAGCACUUAAACGUUGUACACAUCCAAUCCGUAGUUAUGAAGAAAUUAAAGCAUUACCCUAUGUAAAACAAUCAUUAGCUGAUAAAAUAUGGGAAAUUAUUCGUACAAAUGGACUUGUUAAAUUAUCUGCAUUUCAAUCACGUGAUGAUGUUUCUGCAUUGGCUUUAUUUGCUGGUGUAUGGGGUGCUGGUACUGAAACAACAAAACAAUGGUUUGCACAAGGUUUUCGUACACUUGAAGAUUUACGUACACGAGCUCGCCUUACUCGUACACAACAAAUUGGCUUAAAAUAUUAUCAAGAUUUUAAUACACGUAUUCCACGAGAAGAAGUUACUCGUAUUGAAACAAUUGUUAAACAAACAGCUGACGAAGUUGCACCUGGUCUAAUGAUUGAAACAUGUGGAAGUUAUCGUCGAUUAAAACCAUCAUGUGGUGAUAUUGAUAUGUUAAUGACAUUUAAAGAUGGUAAACGACAUAUACAUGAAUCUAUACUUGCACCAUUGAUCGAGAAAUUACGAGAAAUUGGUUUUCUCAUUCAUGAUUUAAUUAAUCAUUCUGAAACAUCAUCAACGAGUCAUGUUUCCGAACAAUUAACUUAUUUUGGCGUAUGCCGUUUAUCAGAACCAGGAUCACUUCAUCGUCGUAUUGAUCUUAUAUUUGUACCAGCAAAUGAAUGGGCUUGUUCAUUACUUUAUUUUACUGGUUCAGAUAUGUUUAAUCGAUCGAUGCGUCGUUUAGCUCGUCGUUUAAAUAUGUCACUUUCUCAACAUGGACUUUAUCAUGGUGUUGUACGAAAAGGUGUUGAAAAAAUUAAUACUGGCCAAGCAUUGAAUACACCGACAGAAGAAUCAGUUUUUCGAUAUCUUAAUUUAUCUUAUAGACCACCAGAAGAUCGAGAUCAUUAG